GGUGUCGUCACAUGACUCUAUCCCAGGCGUCACCCAGCUAGAGAGUCAGUUUACAAGAUGGCAUCGCCGAACGGAGGUGGUGAUUCAGGGACACCUAGAGACGACAUAAUCGAAGUUGGAAAAAUUCUGUUAACGGAUUUCAUUUAUCAGAGGGUGCUUCGAAAUGGCGAUGGACCGGCUGUAUCAAGAGCCGAACUGGGUGGUAAAGAAUUGACUAACCAGAACCAUAAAAACCUUGCACAGUGCCUACAGCAGAUCGGAGAUGACCUGGAUGGCAACACUCAGCUACAAAACAUGAUCAACAGUUCGGCGCUUGUUCCCUCGAAGGAUGUUUUCCUGAGUGUGGCCCGUGAGAUAUUCUCUGAUGGGGUAUUCAAUUGGGGCAGAGUUGUGGCUCUCUUCUACUUCGCCUGUCGCAUGGUCAUAAAAGCACUGAUGACCAGAGUCCCUGAUAUUAUCAGGACUAUAAUCUCUUGGACCAUGGACUACCUGUCUGAAAACGUGAUGAACUGGAUCAGAGAGCAAGGAGGCUGGGAAGGAAUUCGAUCCUAUUUUGGAACCCCUUCAUGGCAAACCUUUGGGGUCUUCGUGGCCGGAGUCCUGGCCGCUGCAAUCGUCAUGCGCAAGCUGUGAGCAGUUGUAGGGGAGAGAUGCAGAGAGAGCGGAGAAGACUGAAACACCUGCAAUGGGUCGGAUCGGUUGUAAGGGACGAGAAAAGUGAGAAGGCUGCCAAUGGAAACCGUAAACAUCAGCAAAUAUCAGUUUUGCACAAGAUUCGUUCUAUGUUCUUCUUUUCAUUGGCCUCAAUUUGUGUGGCAACGGUUAGGAGUUCCAUUGCGAUUGGGUGUAGCUGUCUUCCCUGCAUUUCCGAGUUUUCAGGCAAUUCUUGACGUCAAGAGUCCUAGUGAGAAAUGCAGACAGAGCCCAUUUUAAGUUAUUUAUUUAGUUGGUAAGAUUUAAUGCAUACCUUUGUUUCUUUUUUGAAUGGGCAAAGUUAAUUCAUUUUGGGCUAUAGCUGUUCCUUGAAACAACCAAAAGCUACAAGCUAUGUUUAAUUCAUUCUUCUCCGUUAUAGUGCUUUGCCAAAAAAGUGGCAUAGAAGUACGUUGAUUUUUAUUGUCUAUAAUUUAUAUCAAGCAACAUCCAAAUGCUUUUGAUGAAUUACGCCGAGUUCAUUCUCUUUUUUAAUGUGUCCAUCAUAUAACAUCAACCUUAAGCCACAAAGAGGAAUAGAACAUAUACAAACCUUUGGGUUUUAGGGUCACUUUCUUAAAUGCAAUACUGUCUACUAGCAAUUGCCAGACGGUGCGAGAAUUAAUCUUGAAGGAUGCAUUCAGUUUAUUAAGAGUAGUUGGAGAGCUGUUUAUAAUGAUAAUCCAAGGCAGUAGUCUGAGGCGCUGUGAGGUACUCAUUUGACUGCGUACACAACAAAAACUAUCUCUUUAGGUUUUUUCAAUCUGACUUCAGGCGAUAGGAAUAACUGUAAAGCUUUUCAAAAUUCGUCAUGUUAUAUUUUUGUGAUGUCUUUAUUCUUUUGGCCCAUUUAAUAUACAUUCUAGUAUCAUCAUGCUAUCGCUGGGCUAUAAGAUACUUGCAUGUCUGUGUGUAUUCACUAGACAUUGUGACCCACUAUUUCAGUGGCAGUUUGUUUAGUUUUGUACAAAACCAACGUAUCGCCACGUAUAUACCAAGGAAUAAAAUGGCAAAGAACCCAGAACUACAGAAGCAGUGAAACCCAUUUCUACAAGAAAUAAUAUGGCUGUAUUUAACAGAUAAAAACAAACAAAAAUAUAUAUAUAUCCAUCCCCACUAUUUGCAGUUGUGAUUGGCCAGUGUUCGAUGUACCACUUAGAGACCUUUGAAGAAGUCCUUUGAUGCUGUGAUGGCCUGACAAAACCAUACAGACCAUUAUACCAGUAUUAAUUUUAAACCAAAUUCACAUGCAAACCAUAUUUGGAAAGGAUAGUUCGAAGAGUUGGGUACGACCCACACGUCAAGUCAGUGCCAAUGUGUACUAGGUCUUGGCGAUUGUUAAUAUCAUCACUUCAAUUUACAGCCAAUCUACCCCGAUUUUUUUUAAUUUCUUUUGACAAAGUCACGGAUUCUUACCUCAAGUCAUGCAUUCGAACAAAAGUACUGUAUUUUUAAUGCCGCUUGUUCAGCCACCCCCUUGCAAAUUCUUUUAUUUUCAUUGUUUGUCAGUGCCUUGGUGUUUUUUUAUAUAUGAAAUCACUUUGAUAUCUUCAAAAUGUUCUCCUUUUCUAUUGCGUUUUUCAUGUUCCCUCUGAAAACCUUAUCGCAGUGACAUUGUAUGUUGUAAUACAACAAUAAAAUCAUUUUUUCAACUU